ACAAAAAACUUAUCAUAUUAUAUAUUUUGAUAUACAUCCAGAAAAUAUUAAUGUCAACAUAACAUCAAAACUACUUGACGAUAUUUUUGGAGAGAAAAGAAUCAUAAUGACUUAUUAAAAACCAAUUCCUAUCCGGUGUUGAACAGUGCGUGAUUAAGAGCUAUUAAUUGUUUUCCUUAGGCAUUGAUUUGGCUUUCCUUUAUGGAGAGUACCUAAAGAUUUUAAAUAUAGAAAUAGCUAUCCUAUUUUCAUUACUUUAAUGUCAUCAAAGAUACCAGCCUUCUCAAUCAGAAGUAUGAAUUUAUCUGUACUGAGAGAGUGAGCAGUUUUUAUUUAAAGAACAUAAACUCUCAGAAGAUUUGAACAUCGAUAAACUAUAAUGUUGUCAAUAUUGAUAUAUUUUCUGAUUUAUUUGAUAUUUGUGUUAGGUGUUCGUGCAGACUUUUUAACACUACAGUUUCCAAUUAACAGCGAAGAUGAAGUAGUUGAAAUGUAUAGGGAAUAUUUUAAAAAGCAGCCAAAUGUGAAAGUAGCUGUACUGGAUCACAUUACUAGUCAAUCAGCCAUAAGAAUGCCUUUAGAAAAGUUAAUACCUUUGUGUAAAGAAUUUGGAGUAAUGACAUUAAUAGACGGUGCCCAUGCACCAGGACAAAUACCCCUUAAUCUGAAGGAGCUCGAUGCUGAUUUUUAUUCAGGAAAUCUUCACAAGUGGCUAUAUACCCCUCGAGGUUGUGCGAUAUUGUAUGUGAAGAAGAAGCAUCAAGAUUGGGUUAGGCCAACUGUGACAUCACAUGGUUAUAAAACCACUUUUCAAAAUGAUUUUUUCAAACAAGGAACACGUGAUGAUAGUCCAUAUUGCGUUGUACCGGAGGCAAUACAAUUUUAUACAGAUUUAGGAGGCUACGAGAAAAUAAGAGUUUAUACUGACGAUUUAUUGAACACAUCUACAGAAUUACUCACUUCUUCAUGGAAGACAGAAAAACUACAAAUACCAAAAUCAAUGGAAGCUCCUUUCAUGAGAUUGGUUCGGCUACCAGAACUUAAGCAAACAUCGAUGAAAAGUAUUGAUGAUGGCGAACGACGUAUUGUAGAAAUCAUCGUAAACCAUGGUAUAGUUCCGUGUAUUACCUUUGUGGACGGUAAAGUCUACUGUCGACUGAGUGCCAAUGUUUAUAACACAAAGGAUGACUACCAGAUAUUGUGUGACUUAGUACUUAAAAUGAUUGAUAAAUAGUAUGGUAUAGAAUAAUUUCAUAUAGAGCUGCGAUAGAAUUUUUUUUAUUAUUAAUUUUCAUUUCAUAUAUUAUAUAUAUAUAUAUAUAUAAAAGGGUCAGUCGUUCGACUGAAUCCAAACAUAUGUGUAUCUUCAUUUCAUACAAAUAGUUUUACCCAAUCUCCGUUUAUAUAUGUAUGAAUGGUAAUCAGCGGGAGGAUUGGGAAAUAUUUGGGUUAAGGAAAUCAAUGUUUUCACCUGGAAGAAUGAUAGAAUGAAAUAGUUUUUAUCUUUCAAAAUGUAUGGAUCAGUCAUCAUGUUAGGAUGGAUAGAUGCAUUUUGGGGAGUAUAAAUACAUUUGGGAAUGUAUAGAUACAUUUUUGAUGCAGAAAUAAAUUACAUUUUUAUUAUGGAGGAGGGUCUGUAUACAAUCCAGGGCACAUGGCUACGCCAUCCACCUUUUAUUUGUGAUUGUGUUGCCAAGUUUUUAAGUUUGCUGUAUAUCGUUUUAUGGACUGUAGUUUGUCUGUUCGUCUUUUGUUUCGACAAUGAUGUCUCAUUUCAACUUCGUACUUUAUUUGGCCUUUUAAACUUUUUUAGUUCGAGCGUCACUGAUGAAUCUUUUGUAGACGAAACGCGCGUCUAGGUACAACAUUUUUAUCCUGGUAUCUAACAUGAGUUUAUUAUGAAUUUGGAUUGUUCCCCUUAUUAUCUUAUCCAAUUUUGUUAUUUUUGGUAUUAAGUUAAUUGCCUUAAUCUAUUAUGUUAAAUAUGAAAUAAAUUUUAUAUCUUCAAUUUCGAAGACUUUAACAUCUCUUAUAUACUAUACAAUACCAAAUAAUUACAAAUACAAAAAGAGUACUAGUAAUCAGUACUGAUGAAGUGUUUUGAGAUAACAUAAUAUAUGAGCUAAACUCUUUACCUUUUCCUACCCAUACCUUAACAGUCCAAGAUUUACUAAACCAUAACCCUCAACGUAUUGACAUUUCAAAUCAUAUGAUUUUAUCUUUUUGCACAAGGGUGAUUUUGUUCUUAUUUUGAUGUAUGCUACGUGCCUGAAAUAUGGUACAUUCGAAGGGUCUACUGUACGGACCAAAACCCACCAGGAACGCGCAGAGCUAAACGUCUGGAAAAGAGAAAAGUUUAUAAAUUCAUGUGACAACAGAGGAAUUUUAGGCCAAAAAUUGAGAAAAAAAUUACUUAUUGCAUGAAAUUGGUGGAACCCAUUUUAAGAUAUGCUGCAUUUUGAACAAUCUCACCUAUGACAUCCCAUACAAUACCAAAUAUGUUUAUGCGUUUUAAAAGACUGGCCAGCCAAAUUGAUGUUACCUUAUCAAUUUCUCUUUUUCAAUAUUUACGAUAUCCAAAUAGCAUAGUGUAAAUCAACUGAUCCAAAUUUCAUAUUUUAAGUUGAUUGUGUAUCAAAUUGUUCUUAUUAUAUUUGUGUAAACAUAAUUUAUAUAAAUGCUGCAUUAAUAAUGAAUUAAAUGACAUUUCAUAGAAUAUUUGCUAAAAGCACCAAUUGCAAGUUUUGUGAUCAUUUCUUAUUCUAAGAUGUGUUUAUCAGCUUAAAACUUUAUUCUUGUUUAUUUUAUAGAUAUGACUUUGUGAUAUUUUUAUAUAAAAAAAGAUGAAGCUGUACAUUCUCUAUACGAUACAAAUUAUAGUGGUUAUAGUGUUGAAAGAAUACAUAAAAACAUAUUUAA